AUGAGUUUUAGACAUUUCAAGAGGAGACUUGACACAAGCUCAGCAGAUGAAAGCUCUUCGGCGGAUGAAGAGCAUCCAGACCAAAACGUAUCUCUAACAGAAAAAUCAGCCUCAUUAAGCCAUAGUGAUUUGGGCGGCGAAAUUUUAAAUGGUACAGGAAAGAACCGCACCCCCAAUGAUGGCCAAGAAUCAAAUGAAAGUGAUGGGAGUCCCGAAAGUGAUGAGAGUCCCGAAAGUGAAGAAAGUAGCGACAACAGUGAUUCGAGCGAUAGUGACGAUAUGAGACCUUUACCGAGGCCAUUAUUUAUGAAGAAAAAGGCCAAUAAUUUGCAGAAAGCUACCAAGAUAGAUCAACCCUGGAAUGCCCAAGAUGACGCACGAGUUCUGCAAACAAAGAAGGAAAAUAUGAUAAAAAACAUCGACAAAGCUAAUCAAGUGGCAAAGAACUACGAAACGAUGAAGCUGAGACUUAACACCAAUUACAGCACCAACGAAGAAUUGAUCAAGCAGUGCUUGCUCUUAGAUGAUAACGAUGAAGUCGAUUCAGAAAAGGAGAGACAGAAAUGGUUUGAAAGGCAGAACGAACGAAAGCAAAAGCAUAGAAGAAUACAACUUGCGAAACAAAGAGAAUCAGAAGAAUAUGAGGCAAAACGAUUUGAAGCGAUGCAAAAAGGCAAAGAUGGGAAUACCAAAUACGACGUUAUCUUGGACAAGGAGAAAGAGAAACUUGAUCACAAAAAACAAAGAUCGGCUGAAAAAGUAGAAAAAUCUCACAAUAACAACCGUUACAAGAUUACAAGAACUAAAAAUGUUGAAUUUGGUGACCUAGGCAAGAAUAGUAGAGAUUACGAAGAAACUGAAUAUUCGGUUAUAUAA